GAACUCUUCAGCACAACUACAGGUCGUCAAAGAGCGGCGCAAGCAUCCAGCCCGUGUUGCCACGGCCUUGCAUUGAAGAUUUCUUUUUUUUUACUUCUCGCCCGGUCGAUUUCACCGCUGCAAAGAAAACAAGAAGACAUGUUUCCCUCUAAACACGUGGACCCAUCCGCACGUUUGCGACGGCAGCAUUGCGAUAGGGUGAACACAAAAGGAGGGAUGCACGGCAUGAGGAGAAAAAAAAACAACAACAGAGGUGACAGCAUUGGGAAAAUGAUCGUGACUUCCCUCGGUACAUCUUCGUGAAGUGGACUCAAUGAAAUGCAUUCUAUUCCUGAAAGGACAAAAAGGUGAAUACUGCGGCAGGAUGAAGUGAACGGGCGGUGGCAUCGAGCAUGGGUCUUUUGGAAGCCGCACUCAACGCCUCAGUACUGCUCGCCGCCACCGAAGCCGGAGGCAGCGGGGGUUUGAACGGCGUGCUCGACGACGGCUCUGCAGGCGGAAGCACCACUGGCGGAAGCGGAAAUGCCACAAACGACAGCGUGGCUUCGGACAGCGGCGGACACUCGGCGCCCUACUCGCUUCCCGAGGUGAUACUGAUAGCCUUCCUGGCCGCGUUGUUGAGCGCAGUCACCAUCAUCGGCAACCUGAUGGUCAUGAUCUCGUUCAAACUGGACAAGCAGCUACAGACCAUUAGCAACUACUUCCUGCUCAGCCUGGCCAUCGCCGACUUCUCCAUCGGGGUCAUCUCGAUGCCUUUGUUCACCAUGUACACGCUGUACGACCACUGGCCCCUCGGUCCCUUCAUAUGCGACACGUGGCUCGCAUUCGACUACCUGACCAGCAACGCGUCGGUGCUCAACCUGCUAAUAAUCAGUUUCGACCGGUACUUCUCGGUCACCCGGCCGCUGACCUAUCGGGCCCGGAGAACCACCAAGAGGGCCGCCAUCAUGAUCGCCAGCGCCUGGGUCAUAUCCCUGGUGCUGUGGCCGCCGUGGAUCUACUCCUGGCCCUACAUCGAGGGCCAACGCAGCGUUCCACUGGACCGCUGCUACAUCCAGUUCUUGGAGACCAACAUAUACGUGACGUUCGGCACGGCCCUAGCGGCCUUCUACGUGCCGGUGACGGUCAUGUGCAUCCUCUACUGGCGCAUCUGGCGGGAGACCGAGAAACGCCAGAGGGACUUGACGCAACUCCAGGCGGGCCGGAAGGAGACCGGCGGCAGCCGGAAGUCGACGUCCAGCGACGACCCCGCCGAGUCGGAGGACUUCCGCCGCGGCCGCAGCGACUCCUGCCCGCCGGACGUGGAAACCACGUACGUGCCCACUUCGCUGUGCGUCGAGACUUCCAAGUACCUGCCCCCGGCGGCGCCCAAGAGGCGCCGACUCCGCGACGUGCUCCUGUCGUGGUGUCGCAUCGACAACGACAAGGAGGACGACGACAGCACCAGCCACGGAGGCUCGCCCGGCACCCAGACGCCGGCGUCCAUCGAGACGCCGGUGCAGUCGGCCUCGAUGACCUUCCGGGCCGACCAGCUCGUCCAGCUGAACCCGGCGGGGCGCGCCGGAACGGGGACUACCAGCGCGAUCUCUAGCAUAGGAGGCGGUGGUGGUGGCGGUGGUGGCGGCAGCGUCAGCAUCCCCAUGACAGACCGCAACGGCCUCCGACGCAACGAGAAGACUGGUGCAGCGGCAGCGCCCACGUCGGCGUCCCGCUCCUACUCGUCCGAUUCGGUGUACACCAUACUGAUCCGGCUGCCGACGCAGCCGUCGCUGGAGGGCGAGACGUCGCAGGCUUCCAUCAAGAUGAUCCUCGAAGAGGACGCCGAGAAGCACGAGGCCGGCAGCGGGACGGCGUCUUCCGGCGCGGCCGCGGCGUUCGCCAGGGCGUCGUCCGAGGACUCGUCGGCGGCCAUGCGUACCGGGGACUCCGGCCUGGAGACCAUCCGGAUACCGCUCAACACCAAACUUGUGCACCGCCAGGUGGUCGCCAAGCAGCGGGCGGCCCCCAAGAAGAAGCGCAAGCAACAGGAGCGCAAGCAGGAGAAAAAAGCCGCCAAGACGCUGAGCGCCAUCCUGCUGGCCUUCAUCGUCACCUGGACUCCCUACAACGUGCUGGUGCUCAUCAAGACCGUCUCGUCGUGCGACGACUGCAUACCGACGGGCCUGUGGAACUUCGUCUACUACCUGUGCUACAUCAACAGCACGGUGAACCCCUUGUGCUACGCGCUGUGCAACGCGAACUUCCGCCGGACAUACAUGCGCAUCCUGUCGUGCAAGUGGCACAACAAGCAGCGGUCCAUGAACCGCGGCUACUUCACCUGAAGGGCGGGAUCCCGAUCGCUGGCGCUCUCUGGCUCUCUUCCGAAGACCACGGCUUUAUCGCCUCGGGGGAAUGCGGCCUUCUGCCUCUUUCUCUCUGUCGCAAACCUUGCGCUGUACCGAAGCUCCAGCGGAGCCGAGUUUGUAAGGGUUCUGCAGUGGCGAUUUCGGUUACGCCUUUCGCGACGCCCCUGGAAGUUACGCACAACCCUCGCUAUCUCAGGAGUGGUGCAUAUUGUUACGCUUAGUGUUUGCUGUAGCAGCGAGAGUUGAAGAACUUUUAACGAGUCGAACACAUCCCGGGCCGAGAACACAAGAAAGCUGGAUCGAUAAAUCUUUGCGUAAGUGGCUUCAGCGAUUUACUGAGAGUGCACUUAACGUGUGCGAUGUAACGCUGGGGAAUUGCCGGCACCUUCUUGUACCACAUUCUGCUAGUUUCUAUGGCGGAAACAGUGACUGACACGCGGGUCUAUGACCCCGCUUCGGCGUCUCGACAACGGUCGCCAGGACUAGGUUGAUGAUUUCUUUGGAAACUGUCUGCAGUAAGUUCGAGGGCUCCCGGUAGAACAGGGUCAGCAGCUGGGUUUAAUAAAUGUCAAAUGGCCAGACGUACCCGAGCGUAAUAACAUAAUUUCCACUUCUGCAAGUCAUACGCGCGUCUCGAUUGCGGUAUCUUUGUUGUGCCAAAAUAAUUCCACUGUCGUUUGAAAUACUUUCUUAGGAAAGUUUUUUUUUUUAAAUUUUGUAAAGAAAGAGUGACUGACAGCUGUAGAUGUGGACAAUUACUGACUUGCUUUGCGUUGUAACUUGGCAAGUUGUAAAGCACACACACUCACCGAAGUUUCCCUAGCAGCUUGUGAUAGUGCCAAAGUUUGCUAAAGUUAGUAUUGGCUGCUUCGCGAUUCCGGUGUUUCAAGAAGGCAGUGAAAAUAGUGACAUCAAGGUAAGGACUUGGCUAAACACUCUGAGAUUUAAUGAAGAGUAGUCAUUUGCGGAUAAUUCAGGAUAAAUAUAUUCAUCAAAGUACGUACGCAAAUAAUAAACGCUUUAGAACAGUGUGAGAGCCGUCGCUUGCGUUGCACAGAUACCCAUGUCGUAACCAAUUUAUAAUUCAGGUAAUGCGAAGCCGCAGAUGGCAACACGCGUUGAAAGGUAUCAUUGCCAAGCGCAUUCGGGCUUAGCAAUUCCGUAGUACUUAAGCGAACCCUCUGUUUCGCCGGUUUGACCGGGAGCAUCUGAGGUCACUGUGAUUCGCCCUUCCGGGGUCAUUCACUGUUUGACCACGUCACUUCGUGCUCUUUUAUAAGACGAAGGCUUCCCUUCAUGUUUUCUUACCAUCAAAGACAUCGUUAUUGCCGCGAGAACACUUCCGAACACCAGCAAGAUCAAAGGAGAGAUUAAACGUUUUUAUUACGAAGGCAAUUAGCCAGUGGAACACGUCGCAUCGGUAACGCGUUUCCGAGUCUUAACACUCGCCGAUACACGCUGAUUUCGUUAUAAGUAUAUAUCGUAUAGGGGAGUCGUGAAACCGUUGCUCCUCACUGCGCAGAGUCUCGCUAGAUUGUAAUAAUAGGUCCACGUGGUGCGCCAUCCGAUAAGUUGUACUUAGGCUCAUGUGUGUUUACAUUUGAGACGCACAUUGCGUAGCCAUUUGCUUGCGGUUCAAUUGCCGAACAUCCCUGUCUGUUUUGAGCCUCUUUUUUUUCCUUGCUCUGCAAUUGUUGGAACUCCCGAACUCGGCACUGUUGUGACCGCGACGAUGUGGACCCGGGGGAUCGCCUGGUGCGUCUGGCAGUGGGCGUCGGGCGGCGGUCGCGGAGUGGAACCAGCGGGACCAUCGGAUCACUCACAGCAUGCCAUCUAGUCCUGAAAGCAUCCCGUGUUUAGCGGCUUUUGCUUCUUAUGGCAUGCGGCGCUUUAGAGCAGAAAAUGUUGCCGUCGUAGCUUCUUUUUUUUCCAUAUGACGAGCGCUAUGGUGGUGGGUGCACCGGUGAGUGGUUUUGUCACGGCCCAGAACAGACGAAACUCUGUCGAUGCUCCAAGCCACCAUACACUCGCAAUUGGUACAGAAACGACUAACCCACAAUGUCGUAAUCAGAGACGCAACUACGCUGAUGAUUUCGUGAUGUGCUGCAGCUGUGAUUGGUUGCUGUUUGCUUCUUUUACCGUUAUUUGGCCGCAGUUGACUGAGGGUACAGCACCAGGCGGCUCCACACUUUACGUUCCUUUAUUUUACCUAUUGUAACGUCAUGGUGGCAGCUCAUAGCAAACUAGUCAGCUUAUUUCAUUCCCCGUGAGGUGUUUCAUUCUGCUGUGGGUCAAACAAUUUCGUUAACUUUAUCCGAAAGAUUUGUGGCGUUGAAGUUCUGCCUCGCGGCGCCUUGUAGCGCAGUAAGGCCAAACCACGCCUAGAGCUUGGGCAGCAAGGCCCGUCGCUUGAGCUGAAACGCCGUCUUACCCAUGUGAUGCGUUCUACUUCGCGGCCGCCGCGAAAUUCAGGAGACGCACCUUGCACAUUGCUAUAUGAUGUACAUAUAUAUGAACAUAGUCACUGUGCAAUUUCUUAUAUCACUGUGAAUGAACCCGGGGUACAUUUUAGUUUCUUCUUACUCUCUUUGAACUUGUCACAGCGCGGUUAGAUGCCGCAGUACAUUCUCGGCUCAGGUUUCCCUUUUUUAUAGUGUGAUACACGUCCGGAGCUUGUAACGCCUUGUCCAGAGCCCGUAGGAAGAAUACGUGUGUAUCGGUGUGUGUGUACCAAAUCUGUCGCCCCCGCACGCGUCAUGUGCUCUCAUUCUCACUUAUUUAUGUUUUUUUCCGAGUGACAAACACGUGGUAACCACACGGACCCCCGUUCCGCACAGUCAUUUUUUUCCGACAGCGGUCACCGCUUGCAACAUUCGCCGUGCAUGGUCGGCCUCCUGGCAUGUCCGGCUACUGGCUUUACAGAAGUCUGCAAACAUUGUGCUUGGUAGCACUCAUCAGCAUGCGAUACCGUUACAUCCAAGGUACGACAACUCUGUACAGUGGUUGAGAGGUUUGGUUAUUCAAUUUGCAAGGCGUCGAAUAGACGGAAUGCGUAACGAGAAGUACGCAAUAUGGACGCUGGGCCGUCGAUCUCCGGAGCCGGCAGUGCGUUAUUCGCGCUUCCUGUCACGUACUUCUUGCUAUGUUGUUCUGGUCAUCUUCUGAUGAGCAACCUUAUGUUGAAGGAACUACUAUUUUCACCGAGCCUCCGCGAGCAUACGACGGAAAAGAGACCAAGGCAACGUUAAGAACAAUUUGUACUUUUGAUAAGUGAUAAGAGAGGUUCGUAGCGCAAGUGAGUUGGGAAGAAUAAAGAGUGAAGUACACAGGGUCGAAGCCUCGACUAUUCUUCCUUCUUCCUCGUGCACUUUCACUACGAGCGUCUUCUCAGACAAAGACAAGCUCCUUCUCGACUGGCGCUAUUAGACCUGGCUUGAUGAUUCACUAAAUUGAAACAGCAGCAGUGGGCUUGUGUUUGAUAGGUAGCGGUUUGAAUAAAACAUUGAAUGAACGUGCGCUGAAAUUGACGGGAAGAAGUUAACGUGCGCAGCAGCACCGACGAGGUGCUUCAUAUAUCAAGAUGUCGGAAAAUAAAGACAAUGCGGUAACGUACGGCAGAUGAUCCGAUGGCUUAAUGAGCUUUAGAAAUCACGGAGGGACGUCAUAUGACAGGGAACGGAGCGAAUAGAAGACGUAUACAAGACGAAUAGAAGACCUAUAUUGUAGUCGAAGAGCUUUAACUGAGCCACAUCCGAAGUUAUCUACGUUCCUGGGGCUUAGGAACCGUCUUUCGGCAAAGAAUAAGCUUCAUGCGGUCUGCGGUCACACUACAGCCACGAGCUAGUCCAGCAUGAAAUGUGAAUCUAGGUAUGACCUCAGCACGUGUCGGACGGCCAGGAGGUCAGGAACGCAGGACGAAUGACGCAUUUCAGAUAAGCACGCAACGGAUUUGCACAGACACAGAUAGACACGAAGCCACGACGUCACGCGCACCACAAGACGACCUCACUCCGUUUCCUGGAACAAUGACGCAAAACCUUGCCGCUGGCAUAUGACGACUAGCACUUCACACAUAGCCAGCGCCACCUCAGUGCGGAAGGCCUGCGCCAUUUGUCUCAUGGCAUCAAUUGUUUCGCCACGCGAGCGCAUCUUAAGAGUCGAUAAUAUAUGUAAAGAUUCGUAUUUAUGCUAGGCACAAAUGAAGAAAUUUUAAACACCAGUGGAAGGGUAGCUUCAUAGCACAGCUGAAUCACAAGAUCACUGGCCGAUUCUCCUUUCUCGCGUAUCCCUAUGGUGACCCUAGCAAACACAAAAAGGGGUUGGUGGUUACGCUUAAUGCCACGCAUCAGUCAGUCACUCUAUCUGGGGACCUUUCUCUGAGAGGCUCGUUCUGGACAUUGCCAGACAGUGACAAAAUAUGCGAAUUAGGACUGCCGUGAAUUCUGAGCAUCCUCAGUGUCAGUGAGUGCGAGUGAGUUCCCUUUGGGGCAGUGUAAGGAAAGCUACAAGUUGAGUCGUCACUCGUAAAACGUACCUGCUCACGUCGUCACGCUGCUAGAGAGAGACGCCCGAACGGCAACCAGAAUUCUUAGGCCACUGUAAUUAAUUCCUUUUCUCUCGGUGCAUUUCCUUGGGAGCUGCACGAAAAAAAAAAGCUACAGGCCUAGCGUGCAAUACUAAAACCAUCGUCCUAAUGGCGUCCCGCUCUCCUAAACAGUCCCGAGAAUCUUAAGUGCAGUACUCAGGCCUUCCGUCUCUCGCAGGCGGCGUUCUUUACAAAGCACAAACGAAAGCGCCAUCGUAUUGGCGUGGCGUGGUGGCAGGCAGGUGUGGAGAGCACACAACCAGAACAACAGAGCAUCGAGAAUGUGCAAAUUACUUGUAAAUUUAUGCCUCCCUCCCCCCCUUCGAAGCUUUCCUGCUGUAACUAUAUCUUUCGAUUUAUAUCAUCACUAAGACCUCGCGUUUGAUUUCUUCACAUUUUUCCUUUGAUAUAGCUGCACGAGCCUGACUGUGUCACUAGACUCGCGCGUCGUUUGCCACCAUGAGCACGUUUCUAAAUUUGGUAAAAUCAAUGUUGCCUCUCGGAAGGAGCUUCCAUUUCACUUUGUAUAGACAAAGCCAGCGUCGUUUCCAAGCCACCCACCGCUUGAAAUAAAGAAAAUGAUUUUGCAGCUGUACCUAAUCAUUGCUGAAUUUGCGUUCAAGCAAAUAAACAAAUCUAUCUUUUCGUUAACAUUGACUAAAGUUCAUAAACUACAGCCAUCAAAAAUGACAGGAAAGCCAAAUACCACACGCCAUUUACGGACUCAGAGUUUGUAUCCGUAGCUGUAAUAAUAAGAAUAUUUGGGGUUUUACGGGCCAAAACCACUUUCUGAUUAUGAAGCACGCCGUAGUGGAGGACUCCGGAAAUUUUGACCACCUGGGGUUGUUUAACGUGCACCUAAAUCUAAGCAGACGGGUGUUUUCGCGUUUCGCCCCCAUCGAAAUGCGGCCGCCGUGGCCGGGAUUCGAUCCCGCGACUUCGUGCUCAGCAGCCCAACACCAUAGCCGCUGAGCAACCACGGCGGGUGUAUCCGUAGCUGUAAGAUUAUGUUUUGCAUACCGAGGCAAAACGUAAAAGCUAAUUAAGUAAACACGUCAAAGGACGGUUUCUUAACUGGUUCAAGGAAUUAUCAUUGCUCUAGAGUGUUUUACUUUUAAAGUGUCCCCUCAUUCUUACUUUGAGUUAUUUCGAAAUGUGAUUUUUUCCCUAAGGAACUUUUGAUAACUAUGGUGGCAGCGUGAUGAGGCCUCUUGAAGUUAGCGCACUGUUUCCCGAUUUCCCGAUUUGAUAAUUUGUUGUGUAGUAUGCUUUAUAUCAAAUGUCCACUACGCCUCUUCUUGCGUUUAGACCGUAGCCGCGAGCAAUGUCCUUUAGGGUCAGUGCUGUGCUUAUUUAUUUAUUGAUAAAAAGGAGACAUCCAUGACACAGUGUAACAGAGCGUUCCGCAUGACUCUUUAGCAGCUGUAUAGUCGUACCAUGGGUAUAAGCGAGUACAGUGUUUUGUCUCUAAUCAAAAUCACCUCUGCGCGCCAUGGGGCCGUGGUCUCGGUGAUUAAGCACUCAACUUAAGCAGAUCACAUGUGAGUGUGUCUUUUUUAAACUGUCUCUCUGUACCUGAUUGUGUAGCAAAUUUACUAUAUAUAUAAAUAUAAAUAUAUAUAUAAUCGUCGAGCCACUUCGAUGAUGCGUGCACACACAACAUUGCGUGUGCCCCAUAUUGUGCGAGCAGAUAUACAAGGGGAAGUUUGCACAUUGAUAUACCUGUUUGCGCGCUUCGUUGGUCACUGUAUGUGUUAUUACAUAUGCACCUCCGCGAGGAACCCGCUGUUUGAGAGUCUCUCUGUGUGUUUUCAGGGGAAAUGAGGGGAAAUGUUUGACAGGGUGCAGCGAAUCAAGGUGCGUGCACUCUGCUACACGACUGUCUUUCUUAUAGCAAAGUUGGGGAGUCGCGCUAAACUUCUGUGAAGUUUGGCCAGGACGUACGCGUGACAUAGUGCUGCGAUAGCCAAUGAUGUGGUGUUUCGAUUCAAUUCCACUAAAAUGGAGAGAUUUUGUGAGUAUUAGAUUGCAGCCGGCGAUCUAUAGUGUCACGUGACAGCCGGUGUCGAAGAGAUGCUGGCUUUGUUUGAUCCGGCCUUGAUUAUUUUUCUUUUGGAAACAUGUUGUUUAUGAGCGUUAUUUAUUCCACAGGUUAGAAUUGGAGCCUAAGCUGAACCUAACCUAUGCAAAAUGCUUAUUCUGCUGUGAACUAAAAGAUUAGCAUUAUUUAUUUUCAGAGCUAUAAGCCUGGAGGCAGUUUUCGAAUUGCUCAGUAUUGCACCCGCCGAAUUAAACAGUUUACUGUGAUCGAAGCUAUUGGAAUGAUUGGUUACGCCCACCCUUUCAACUUAUUGGUUAUGGCACUGUAUAGGUUAACGCAAAUUGCCGGGUUCAAUUCUGGACUGCUGUAGCAGCAUGUCGACGAGUGCCGAAUUCAAAACCUUUCGUUUACACAGAUUUGUGUGCUGUUUAUUCUAUUACAUAUUCGCAGAAUUCUGAAUCCUGCAUUGUGGAGCUCUAGGUAGCCUCGAUAAGGUUUUGAUCGCUAGAACUACAAAUAUGUAUGCUGCACAAACAACCGUUUUUGUGUGACUCAACUUGACUUAGAAGCGGCCAUCGUGAAAGAAGCGCAUUUUUACUUUUGGAGGGGAUUCGAUCCGCCGGUAACACCGCGGAUGGCAGCGCUCCCAGCGGAUGUGUGUGGAAGUAGAGUUUCCACAGUUUCUUCAUCGCUACCUUGAUCUACUGCAUCCUGUCAGAAUGCCUGACCUCGUUGAGCGCAACGUGAUGUUCUUUGGCUUUGUCGUUGUCUUGUCCAGCAAACGUUUUCUUUCCAUACUUCGACUGCACCGCUUUUAUGAGUGAAUGCUGCGCUGAGGAGCUUUAUUGCGGUAAACGAGGGAAGUCAUGCUUUAAAGUCUCCUUUCAUAAGUUCGACUGCUUGGCCGUGACCUCGACGUUCCCUUAUCCCUUGCUGCUUGACUUUCUGAGUGCAGGGAAUGUGUUCGAGGUGCUUUUGGAUGGGCUCAGUUGGCACUCAAUGCGUCAGUAUGCGGUUGGCUGUUUCAUUCUUCCACAAUAUCAUAGCUCGGACUCUAAAAAAAAAAAAUCAGCCACAUGAAAGUAGAGUUCUAUAGGCAAAUAAUAUUACUCAGCAAGACAAAUUUUUGCUCAGAAAGAGGCUCUCUUAUUUGGGGAAUUCGGGGCAGUAUGUCCCGUUAUGGACUACGGUUUUCCCUUGAGACGUUCUGGCCAUGCUCAUGGGCCUGCGCCUGGCCGUAGGAAUGACUUAACGGAUAACUAGUAAAUAGUUCCCUCUGGAGCAUAUCAAUUUCAGCUGUUGUUUUUCUGCCGUCUUUUUUUUUUUCUCUCGAAUCGAAAAUUCUUAGAGCCGCGACUGUUUUCGUCUCUGCAACUGCUAUUCACUCAACAUUUUGGUCAAGUAAUUGCUGUUGCCAGAACGAAGAAACAGCUGUCUGAGAAAAUCUAGUUCCCCCAUUUUUUUUUUAGGCUCAGUUUUCUCCUUUUCAGCCGAAUAUCGCUCCAGAUUGAACUUAACGAAACUUGAAGCAUACAGAGAGCGAGCGUGACUAGAUACAACUGACUGAAACUUACGCGAAAGAAAAAGUAUCUUCAGUAGAUUUAGAGCUGGCCGUAAUACCUUCGGGUGCUCUCGCUCUCCGCUUUUCCGUCGCGCUUCGUUGCGAUAAUUCGCUGACGUUGGUACUAUAGCGCUGAACACAAAACAGAGCAAAGAAAAAUUUACGCAGCACUACGGCUGACAGAAAAAUGACAAGUUCGCGGCUGUUUCAAGAGGAUCAAAUAAGUCGUCAUUUCCGAUGAGCUUCCUCUCGACACUAAGGCGGAAAUUGGUCUCGGAAAUACGGAACAGGCGCAAAGAGAGAGCGCCACAUUUAUCUUCGCUGUGUCGCUUUCUUUUCUGUUUCCUGAUGUGAUUCGUCUUACUUAUCGAGUGGUCGCACUAUUAUCCUUGGCAGAUGACUUUCUGCCACUAAGAAGUCUUUCUUUUUCAAUGAUUUUUUUUUGGUCUGCGUUCCCUAUUUCUAUUUCUUGUCCAUGAUUUUUAAUAACUGUCGUAUGCAUCUAUGUGAGUUAACAAUCUAAGAAAAAGAAAGAGAACCAAUCUGUCAUCCGACCAGUGUAUUUUUAUUUACAUUCAUGUAUUUGUCGAUCGAUUUCCCGCGCGAGCAGUAGAUUACCAGGCAAACGAUUAUCACUUUGGGGCAUCUAAAUGGCAAUAGUAUCAGGAAAAUUACCUAAAAGCAAAGAAAUGCUUUCUUUUGUGUGGAUGCAGAUUUUCGGUAGGAGUUUCCGAAUUUUUUUUUAACUAACACUCAUGACGCCGUUAUCGGGGCGUUUCAUUUAUUCGCACUCCACAAUCUAGAGUGUCCUUAAUAAAUCUCUUGUGUCACGUGACUACUCAAUCUUGACGCGUAAAGACCUGACAGCAAUGUUUCAGAAGCGCUGGUUAGCUAUGGUCUCGCAAUAUGCUAUGUUGUCAGAAUAGAUCUGCAGUACGAGAAUGUCAGUCAGAGCCCAUUUCCUAUCGAAGGGGAGCGCUUUAACGUAUGACUUCGUCUCUAGAUUCGUCUCGUACGUCUUUGUGUGGCUUAGUGGAGAUGCGCGAGUGUUGAAGAUGAGUAUCUCUGAGCUUGCAGUGUCAAAAGAUUAGAGAUGAAAACUGUGACCACAGUGAGCACACGCGUUUGCAUCAGAGACGGAUACUGUCAGUGCCGUCGAUCAGCAAGUUGGUGCGAAAUCGGAGCUCGAACGAACUCUGCAAAGCCUCAUCAGAGAGUGCAUCUUUUUGGGCCCCCUGCAUUACCCCAUUAUUUCUUGUUUUAUCUCGCACUCCAGUCGACCUCUAUGAUAUCUAUUUUCUGCGUUGAAUACCGCAGUUUUACCUUAGGAAGAAGAAAAAAUGCCGUGAACAGUACUGUGUUAUCCCGCUCAAAAUCCAGGCACUAUUCAAUAGACCUGGCAUCAAAUUUUGGACCCAAAAAGAGAACUUUCUGCUAUAUACAACAUAGGGCCAAGUGCCCCCAUCUACGCGUAUUCCAUUUAAAUGAGACCGAGGGAUAACUCAGUGAAAGUGCACGGUAUUUUUAAAACCUGGUGUGUGUCUUUGUAAACGUGCAACUGCGGUUCUUUCAGGAACUUGAAGCGUGAGCUCAAGCCACACUUCAGAAGGCGACCAUGCCCAAAGCGAUAAAAAAACAUUGUGUAGAUCUAUGCCAGUCAUCUCGUUGUGAUUGCCCUUUCUUUCGCAUGCCUCGCAAUUUGCUAAUCCCCUUUGGAUCUCUUAGCCAACACUUCGAAAGGUGCAGCAUGAAAAAGACCGCUAAUGAACAAGUGCUUGAUUAUUAGACAGGCAGCAAUGUACCCAAACAAUGCAUCCAUUCGCGCACUAUCUCUGUUCUGAUGGGGUACUACAGCUUGUCUCCAGUUUUACGAGGCACAAACUGUGCCAGGUGAAACUGUACUCUGUGAACACAAGCGCGCUGCUCAAAGCCUGCGAGCUUAGAAAUUAGCGCCCUCUGUGCUCACUCGACCACUUAUUCUGGAGUUUUCACCGCUUCUCUCCAAUCACCCCUUCCAGGAUUUUUGUGACGGUUGGUAGGCGACCUCUUAUGUUUACUUUGUGGGCAAAAAAUGAUCUAAAAGAAACUUCUUGGUCCCCUUUCAGGAACUGUUGGAAAAGAUUUAACUAGGUCACAUUGUUUCCAGCCGUCACUCUUUCUGAAAAAACAUCAAGUUAUACAACUCGGUCGUAAAUUCUUAUUUUUCGGUAGCGCCCCCCCUUUUUUUUUCCACGAUGGGCCGCAUAACUUUAAAAGCUUGAGCGUCUUCUCGGCCUGCCACAGAAAAAAUAGCUGUAUAUUUUUUAUUAAAUUCACGAUUGUGGAUUCGAUUGAUUGAAUUUAUGAAUAAAUCAAAAUUUCGUUUUUAUUUAUAUGAAACCACACUCGAUAGUCCCAGUGGCGAUUGUAAGUGGCUAAAACUGUAGCAAACCAUCACUGCAUUCAUCAAACGCUACGUGCUAAUGAGGCCCAAUGAUAUUCUUGGAGCCAGAAAGUGUAGGCACCAAAAUGCACAACGGGACGCCUCCUUAGCACAAUCAGCAGCUCUUUAUCAUUGAGACUUUUCUUCGGCCUGUCGAGAACCAGUGGCUGCACAGAAAAUAUGUACAUGCCAUGCCCCUUCUUUGUGUUCUCUCGCUAUAUUCUGUGAAUAGCACUAACCCACUCUUUAAAUGCGAUGUCUGACAAUAUGCGUGCGCUAAUUUUACCUCUGUGUUACGCUUAUCAUCGGAAAUAUACUUGUUGUUCAAUGAGUUUACAUCCUUGACACCCUUAUAUGUGGCGCUAGCGAUGGAACUACCUGCGAGUGCCACGUGAUGGCUCCAGGGUUUCGGACAUGCGUCCCGAGUGAUCUCAUUACGCGCGGUAGCAUUAUCUUCAAGAGUUGCAUGAGAGUCCUAUCCGCUGCGCCACUUUAGUCGAAUUCACUUUCAUUAAGUGAUCGAUAUCUUCAUCACACGCAAAUUUUCUAGUAUUGUGAAAACAUAUGCAUGGUGACUUAGACGCAAGAUGCUGAUGCCGAGCUGUGCUUUUGCUAUUCUAUGCACAUGGUCAAUCUCGUUCGUUGCUGUCCUCAAUUCGACGAGGUUGAGCUGACUCUCGUCACGGUCACUUGUGUUGCGCGCCCAAAUAGUGAACGUUCAACGGAAAUAAUACUGGACCAUUCAGAUGUCCUUCCUACAGAUGUCGCGGUGACCUUGCUGUCUUUCUCCGUGGAACCACUUGUAUCUGGUAACUUGUGUCUGUAAUCACCUUUAGCUUCAGUCCCACUUGACCCGACCUCACUCGCAUGCAGAAACGGUGGCUGGAUAGACAGGCGCAACAAGUGAUGUGCUUUGACGGUGCGAUUGCAAUGUACAGAGCGAGUGCGGUGCUAAAGAUGGGUGCGGCGUAAGGUGCAUUGUUUUCCUUGAGUAGCGCAACGUAUGAAACGUGGAUGCGUAUGUUUUCGUUUCCGAGUAGACAUGUGCUUGAACGUGUCGCGUGGUAGCGAGCGUGAAAAAACAAAAAAAGUGGCAGCGCGUGUUACCUAGUCUGUUGUCGUUGAUGUUGUUGUUGGUACUGUUGCAGUGCUCUUCCGCAAUUCUUUCGUAUGGCCCUAGAUAAGCCAGUAGCACCGCAGUGUCGCGACACCUGCCGGCACCGCGAGUAAGUGGUGGAUGUGUACGUGUUCGCGCGUGUGGCCAUUUGCCUCCCCGUUGAGACCCAAUUGCGCAGCUAUGCCAAAACGAUGACGCCAAUGCCUGCGGGCAAGUUUUUUUGCUUGCGCGCAUGCGUGCGAGCAUCAAUGUGAGUGUGUGUGUGCCUGGUGUGCUGUUCCUUUGACCCCGUUUGACGCCACCCUGUCUGCUGUCUCAGCCGACUGCUGCCACCAGGUGUCGUUGCGCUGUUCUUCUUCAACACCACCAGUGCGUUUGUCAAUAGUGAGCCGUGUGUACUUUCGCCCGUGGUCACUCAGUGUUUCUCUUCGUUUUCCUUUACCGCGUACCGGGCCACGCGUGGAAAAAAAAAAAAGAAAGCGUACUGCUAUAUUCCGGUUGAACAAUAAAACGA